CCCACGUUGCUUUCUCUCUCGCUCAGUUCCCACUGGGGAGCUCCUCCCCCGGCACUUCCCUGUCUACCUCACUUACCGACAACGUGAAGCUUUAGCUUGCAGAGGUUCCCUGGAAAGGAACACAAUUGGAAACUAUUACAAUGGGAAAUAUCUGUGCGUAGUGAGUUUUAAUCGUACUGCCUCCUUCAGUUAGUCAUAGAAUAUGUGGUGUUGCCAGCUUUCGGAGUGACGACGGUGUGACGUCGGCUCUAUGUUUUUCUUGUCAGGCGCGCAUUGGUUGUCUCGUGCACUGAUGAAGUCUUUUGGAUGUACACAUGACUCAUGCGUCUCAAGGAUGGCUCAGCCGGCUGCACUCACCUGCUGCCCAACCCUGGUACAGAUACAUACUCGUUCCCCCUCUACCAGUUCAUCUUGGCCUUUGCUCUGCCUUUGGUGGUCAUCUGUGGGGUCUUCUUCAAGACUCUACAAAACAUGUCAGCUAUAGUUGCUUCACUGCCCCAGCGUAGCCUGAGGGUGUGGAUGAGAAAGGUAACCUGUAUGGCAGUUGCCAUUUGCCUGGCACUCUUCAUUUGCUGGGCUCCUCUACUACCUCUUGCAGUGGUCCACCUGGGAGUACCAUGGCCCACCUUUGCUUUUCUGUAUGCCUAAAACAUUGCAAUCAGCAUGGGCUACACCAAUAUUUGCAUCAACCCAUUUAUCUACAUUAUUUUAAGUGAAACACUUAAGAGGCAGUUCGCUGUAGCCAUUCCCCACAGGGUUUUCAAAGUUGUCCCUGCUCUGGCUGAUGGCAAUAUGAAUCUGAGGAUGGCAACAGACAGCUCUCAUCCAUCUCACUCGCAGUCAUCAAGGGGACUACUUCAAAACAUGCCGCCUGUCACUGUGGCUGUGCACUGAGAUGGACAGUUAACUGAACAAUCCAUGACCAUUGCCAACCACCACUGCCAACAAAUCACCAUCUGCCACUACUUACUGCUCUGAUUUCCCCAGCGAACACGUGUUUACACUAAGGCAUGAGAAUGAGUGAACAAUGAGGAAAAUAAGGGAAAAACACUUUUCUUGUAUCUAGUACAUAACAGUUUUAUAUAAUUUUCUUGUAAUAGCUUUUUUAAAAUUUGCAUUUGAAUUUCAACACUGAGCUAAAAGUAGACAUUAUUUUGAAUCAAAUAUAUCACAUUUAAGGCCUAGAGUCUAAUAAUCUUUUAGUCCACCAUAUUAUUUCCACCAUUAAAAAUAAUAUUAAUAAUUAAUCAUAUUUUUUUAACAAUUUAAUUGUAUUAGCUGUUUUAUGUUGCAAUCUGCCAACACUAUUGUUGGAUUACAGAAUCUCUUGUGAAUGUCAUUAUGUCUCUCAUACAAUUAGCCAUUGUAUGUGAUUUUGAUCCAGACAGCCAUGGCACUAAUAACCUGAUCAUCCUAUGAACAGCUAACAUAUGGCUCUUGUAUUUCACAGCAAAAACCAUGGAAUCCAUCUGUAUGGCAUCUAAUUCAUAUUCACAGGAAACCCUCUGCAGUUUGUCAUUUUUUAUAUGUUGUAGUUUUGUCUAUAUUGUGGCUAUUUACUGCACCAUUGCUUGCAUAUUAAAAUGUCUGAAAUGUCAAAACAAUAGUAUUUAGCAGUGGAGCACCAUGAAAGCAGGCAAAAAACAGCUGCAGGCAGUGCAUGUAGUAGUUAGUGUAAAAGCCCCACUAGGGGCCCUCAGAGGAUGUGCUGCUCCUUACACCCCAUGUGACCGAUGUGUUUUGAACCAAAUCACUGACUUAGUAAGCACAGAUUCAACGUUGUAACUAAUGAGAACAAAAAGUUUGCUUCACAUGACGACUGCGUUAAAUGCAGAUUUUUUUCUGUGGGAGGUGAUGGUCUAUAGGUCUGUAGAUAUCCAAACAAUUUCAUUACUUAUAUUAUCCAAAGUGAUAUUAUACUGUAUCUAUGUGGCCAUUUUGGCUUGUGAUGCACGUAUUUGUCUCUGUGUAUUUCACUGGGCAUCUUUACUAUGAUGUGACCGCUAUGGAAAUGUGCACUUUGGCAUGCCUACUGUAACCUGCUGUAUGUUUUAACUGGUUAAUCCUACUCCAGGAGAUACAGAGGACUGUCUUUAACAUGCUCAAAAUAAUAGGACUUGUCUCAUUGGCAGGUCAGAUUAAGUUUACUCUUAAUAAAAACUGCUAUUUGUACAUUUUCAGUGCGUCAUUGAUUUU